CUCUAUGGCUGGCUCACUCACAUGGGACUCAAACAACAUCAACCCAUCCACCACACUCACUCUCACCCUCACUCUCUCGCCCGCAGCAUGCUCAACAGUAGCACCACCACCGCCGCCGCCAGCAGCAGCUCCGCAUCGACGCCGGACCGGCCGUCCCGUCGCCGCCCGAUCCCCCGCAAGGGCCACACCAAGUCGCGCGCCGGGUGUCCCAACUGCAAGCGCCGCAAGGUCAAAUGCGACGAGGCGAGUCCCGAGUGCGGUCCGUGCCGGCGUCUGGGGCUCAUAUGCGAGUACUGCUACUCCUCCUCCUCCUCCCGCCGCUCCUGCUCGGCGACGGCGGCGGAGGCGGCGGCCGGGAGCAAGACGACGGGGCCCGUCAUGGCUCCGGUCCCGGCUCCGGCUCGCCUCCCGUCCGCAGCCGUGGUGCCGACAUACUCUAGCGGCGGUGGAGGCCGGUUCGACAUGGCGGACCUGCGCUUCUUCCAGCACUUUCUCCUCUGCGCGUACCCGCCGCUGCCCAUCGGCGGCUGGUCCGUCUGGCAGCUCGUCUCGCAAAUGUCCCACGAGUACGAGUUUUUGGUACACGCCAUGCUGGGGCUCGGCGCCUCGCACCUCAGCCUGCUCGUGCCGUCGCCAUCGCCAUCAUCAUCGUCGUCGUCAUCGAGGAGCCACGUCCAGGACGCGCUGCGGCACCGCGUCGCCGCCAUCAAGCUCCUCAACGAGUUCCUCGCCCGCGGCCCGCACGCGACCGCCGACAUCGACGCCGCCUUCGCCGCCAUCCUGUCGCUGACGUACCAGGCUGCGCACAUGCCCGACGGGCUGUACGACUUUCUCACCAUGACGCGGGGGUGCUUCCUCGUGGGAUCCCUCGUGGGCAACGAGUUCCGCUCCUCUGCGUUCCGCACGUUUGAGCGCGACAACUACGUCGAGCGCGCCGUCGAGGUCGUCGCGCGCGGGACGCCGACGCAGCACCACUUCCUCGACGGGGCGCUCGUCGACGGCUUCUGCGCGAGCCUCGAGCGCCUGGGCCGCAUGUGCCAGAGCGUCGCCGAGGUCCGGUACCUGGCCAUGAUGCGCCGCAUCGCCAGGUCUUUUAAUUCCGACAUGGCCGAGAGCUACCGCCAGAGCACGUUUCUGUACGAGCAGCUCGGCCAGCUCACGGCCGACGAGUACGCCUCGUUCGUGGACCCGCGCAACGACACGGCGCGCCUCGUCAUCGCGCACAUGCUGGUGCUGGACUGCGUCAUGGCCGGGCGCGUCGAGGGUGCCGACGAGCGGCGGUCCGAGCCCCCCGCGGGCCUGCAUCGCUACGACUCGCGCAACGUCAUGGUCUGCGUCUGGGUCGGCGACAUUUAUGCCAGCUUGCCGCCCGAGCUGCGGCCCUACGGCGACUGGCCGGCGCGGUUUGCGCGUGGCCUCAUGAGCCUCUUCGACGUUGACACGAGUUUCUGGCGGGAGGGAGGCGCCAAGAUGCCGCGACUAGAGUGCGCGGAGCAAUUCGUACAAUAAUUACACGCCUUUGCAUGACUCCCAACAGCUCUAGAUAUAUUGGCCUCGGCCGGCUUCCAUCCCCAAUUCAAGACCGUCCCUCCGAUCCUCUAUUCAAGACAUUCCCCGCGAUCCUCUAUUCAAGGCCAUCCCUUCGAUUAUCCAUUCAAGACCGUCCCUCCGCCUUGGAACGUCGCCACCAGCGUCGACUUUUGAGCGCCACCUCCUCGUCCGACGCCACCUUCUUGGGAGCCGCGCCAUCCUUGCCCAGGUAUCGGCUCGGGUGCCAGAUGCAGAAGACGCCAAUGGCCCCGACCAUGGGCAGCGCCUCGAACACCCAGAACAGCCACUCGGUGCGGAAGGCAUAGCCGUUCAUGCCCUCGCCGAACUCGCACACGCGGUAGAUGGUGCGGAUCUGUCGGCGUCAGUUGGGGCGUGGCCCAGCAGCCCGGGCAGGUGACGUACCAUGAUGAGAGCGCUCGACACGUAGACAGCGCGCAAAACGAACCUCCAUCCCUGCGGCGCGUCCGGCGCCGUCUCCCGGUUGGCCAGCACGUGGAAGCGGCCGAACACGCAGAGGAAGAGGCCAAACGAGACGAGCUGGAACACGAGGCCGCCAAUGAGCACGUUCCGGCCGAUGCGCUCCGUCGAGCCUGUCCAGUUGUCGCUGCUGGCGAUGCCGGAGCCGUUGCCCUGGACGAGAAAGGCGACCACGUCACACGCGACGAAGAUGGGCGUCAGCCGCCGGCCCGGCACGCCGAGAAUGCGGUGGCGCGCGGGAGGAAGGACGGCGCGGAUGAGGCGGCUGAUGAGGAGGUAGUUGCCGGCCGCGAUCAAGACGGGCGCGAGCACCGUAAACGUGAGCGUCAUGACAAACGGAGACUACAUCCAUCGUCAGCGAGGAGCGCCAGUGUCGUCUGUCCGACGCCAUGGACGUACCAGCUCAGAGCGGUGGUUCGCCGAGUAGGCGCGCAAGACGUAGCCAGCUACCUCGAUAGCGGCGCCGAUUACCACGACGGAAAAGUACCAUGAUCGAUAGCGUACCCACGUCAGGUAGGUGAUGGCGAUGAAGAGGACUCCAUACACGGCGCUGCCGAGGAUGGCGAGCGCAAGCGAGGGAUUGUACAUCCAAACAUCCGUAGACAUUGUGUCGGUUUAAUCGUAGGUGAAAGUCAAUGGAGAGUUGAUUGAUGCUUGAUUGCGACAAGCCCGUCGUCCAGCUUUAUAUCGGCCACGACUGCCUUGCUUCGCGCGCCAUGCUUCGCGGCCAUGGUCGACUAACCUGCCCGAGACACAACUCGUUUGCCUAUUCCGCGUCUGGACCGAUCGGGUUCAAUGCAAGCCGCGCAGCGCUAGCAUAGCCACGACCGCCAUGAUCCAUCUGAACCGCUCAGGGGCAACGGCAUCGUCAAAGUGAAGCCAGCUCGUUUGCCCGUUUCGGCAUGGCGUGGGUUCGUGACGCGGUGAAUACGCGGUGAAUCCGAUGGAUGCGACGGGCCAAUCAGCGACUCGUCACUCCACCAUGGCGACAGCCCUAAAUCUCUAACGGCGUUGCGGAACGACACGCGUCGCGCCCCUGAGCAUGAUGCACUGAAUGACUCAGCCUGGAAAUGCGGCGGCUCGAGCACGUGCAAGCUCUUCCGUGGGAAUCAAUCAAUCUCGAAUGCGGUCGGCUAGACACACGCCAGCGUGGAGCACUGGGCAUCCCGGUGUGCCUGGCCGUGAGACCGGAGCCGAAAGGGAAAACGAGCCCACACUGACAACGGGUCAGCAGUGGAUGCGACGCACUGCUUAUUACACGCCAAUUUGGAUGCUACCCGCCCGCCGACACCCCUGGUGAGAGUGUUCGCGUCAAUCGGCCCGCCCGUUAUUGCGGCUGAUAAGGCUGAGGUCGCGGGCAAGCUUUUUGGGGGCCGUCGGUGCAGGCCUGUGGACAGAGGCCAUGUCGACGUCGAUAAUAAAGGCGGUGGCAAACGCUGCAUGGCGAUGAUGGCACGCACCGAGGCAUGUGAAGCUCGUCUGCAAGAGGCGCUUGAAAUAGGUGCGUAUAGGGUAGCCGGGGUAUCCCGGAACUGCAACGCGGCGAAGCAACCCGACCAGCAGCUCUAUCGAGACUCCAGGCGCGUCGCGGGCGCAGCUGCAGGGUGACGAAAAGGUCAAUCAAGUCAGUUUCAUCUUGCCAAGCGGGCUGCAUGCAGACAGUCCAUCGGGGCUGACUGGAG